CUAAUUAUGCAAAGUACACAAACUUUGUGCUAUCGAGCGGAGCCCAGGGUGUUUAGUUAUGACACUCGAAAAUUCACUUGUGUUCCAAUAUCUAGGUGCCUGCUCUGUGAUAUAAUACGUAUUGGUGAACAUUUAACAGGCAGGAUUAAUAGGCCGAGAAACGUUAACUUGGGGACGACGUGCGACGAGUUUAUUUAUAUCCUGAAUUUACAAGAUCGGUUAAAAGUUCGAGCGCCAAGAAGAAGCUUAUAAUCAUUCUGUGGGAACAUUUUCAGAUUUGAGAAGAACUUGGCAAGCAUUUUGGUGUUUAAUCGUGCCUGUGACCAAAUAUAUUUUAUGAAAUGGUAUUUUUACAUAGACCAUGAGUGCGGCGCUGAAAUCACGUAGGCGAACUGACAAGACUACGAGACCCCAAAGUCUCGCUUUACCCGAUGAUGAACGAACGGUUGGAUGCAGACAGAGGCCAGCGUUACACAAGAGAUAUUCUAGCCCCGCUGGAGUGCCGUCUAGCAAUGGCUUACAUGCCAGUGCCGAUGAUUUAGACUGGCAACGUAUCCCAUCGCCUGACGUCAGUCGAAGAUCUGGACUGAGUAGAAGACAUUAUUAUGGAUCCUUGGAGACUUUGAACUUGUUGAAUAGAGGUGGCGAGGAACCCACAGGGAUCGCGUCCAAAUUUCGCAUCGAGAACGGCGAGCUUGGCCAGCAGCAAAAUGAAUUAAGCAAUAGUGGUAACCAGGGGAGUGUGGUACACCUCGAGAACCCAGAAUUCCACACGCGCUGGUACUUCAAGUAUUUCUUGGGCAAGGUUCACCAGAACUACGUGGCGCUGGACGGCAUCAAGAACCCGAUCGUGCUCUCGGUCUGCCUAACAGACGCCGACAACUAUGGGGUGCCUCAGUACAGAGCAAUACUAUGGCGAAAAACGGGCAGCGAGAGAAUCUGCAUCGUGUUCAGUCCGAACAAGCCCAUCUCGGCCAAGGUCAUUCUCAAGUCGUUUGGUGUGGAGAAACUGGAGAAAGGUCCGCGAGAGGUGUCGAGCCCCGAGUUCCAACAGGAAUUACUUACGCUCGAAGAACAGGAAGGCUCGGUCAAUUACAAGUUCGGAGUUUUGUACGCCAAAGCUGGUCAAACCAGCGACGAUGAGAUGUUCAGUAACGAGACUGGAAGCGAGGAGUUCAACCGUUUCCUGAAGCUGCUGGGCGAUCGCGUGGAGCUACACGGAUGGCAGGGCUACCGUGGGGGACUGGACGUAAAAAACGACAUGACGGGAUCACAAUCUGUCUUCACCGUCUACGAGGGUCACGAGAUCAUGUUCCACGUGUCUUCUCUUCUACCAUACACACCCGACAAUCCACAACAGGUGGAGCGAAAACGACACAUCGGUAACGACAUCGUAACCAUCGUGUUUCAAGACACUGACGACGAGUACAAACCAUCAUUCUCACCUCUAGGCGUCAAGUCCAAGUUCAUUCAUAUAUUCGCACUUGUGACCUACAAUAAACACGAUGACAGUUACAGGGUGACCGUGUAUUCUGAACGCAAUGUUCCCAUAUUUGGACCUCCGUUACCCUGCCCUCCAGUAUUUCACAGCCAUUUAGAGUUCAGAAACUUUCUGCUCGUCAAACUGAUCAACGGCGAAAAGGCGGCAUACGCCUCCCCGAUAUUCAGCAUUAGGCGUCAGCGGACGCUCGACAGCUUGAUAACGAGGCUAUGGCAGGAUCAUAUGCAUGAGAAAUUAAGUGUGCGUAACUCGUGGGGUAACGCGAUCUCAGAAUCGCCAAGAGGCCACAGACGAAAGCACUCGGAGAGAGAGCAGCUCUUUCUUCAGUUUGGGCAGUCGUUGAAGUUGAAGACGAUUGUGAAAGGAGACGCACCGACGAGUCUUCAAACAUCUACGUCUGCAAAUAUUAAAGUCGAGCCAUGGCAACCACAGUUUGUUUAUGAAGACUUCCCUCACAAGGUUCUCUGCGGCGAUUCUUGGGGUGACAGUGUGUUGCUGGGUACAGAGGAAGGCAUCUAUCUCGUUCAAGAGGGGAAGAGCAUGCGCCAGCUGUUCGACCGGUCAGUGAUAUGCCAACAGCUUUACGUGCUCGAGGCUUAUGGUUUGUUGCUGUUCCGCGUGGAGAAAAGCAAAGAGUUCCACAACCCGCGCGUGUGCGUGUUCAAGCUAUCGGACCUCGAGGAGGACGAGGACGUGGUCUUCACGCGAGAAGACUGCAAGAAGCAUAAAUUAGACAGGACGAAAGGGUGCCAUCUGUUUGCCGCCUUAAGAAGCAGUCAGCCACUUUUCUUAGCUGUCGCCUGUGGGAGAAAGGUGGCCCUGCUCAAAUGGAAACAUCCGCUGGUCUGGAGUUCGUGGGCGGUUGGCAACGUGCGCGAUAUGACAGAAGGCUUCGAGUUGAUACGGGAAGUGACUUUUAGUGAGCCCGCGAUACUACUGACCAUCCUUCUAACAGAGAGCCAGGAGCCGCUGUUAUGUGCUGGUUACAAGAAUAACUUUGACUUGGUUCAGCGAACUGGAGAGAUCAAGAGAGUACACAGUGUUGAUACCCAGAAGAAGACAACGCUUGUAUCUGCUAUUGACGUCUAUGAGGAUCACGAACCUGAACUUCUACUCACUUUUAAUCAUCAAUCAGUGUUCAAACGUUUGAAUGGUAAAAAUUCUUCUAAUUUUUACCUCAACUGGAAUUCUGCCCCGCAGUUCGUAGUCUGUGCGUUCCCAUACCUUCUCGCCUUCACCACCAACACGAUAGAGAUUCGUCUGGUCGUCAAUGGCAACCUGGUACACACACUAGUCCUCCCCAACCUGCGGGUGAUCACAUCUAAGAGGUAGCUCAAAUGUCAGCCUAUGACGGGUUCUUAGGUCAAGGAUCUGAAGACCUAGGGCCUCGAGAGGACCAAAGAGCGGGCAGGCGUUGAUGAUGUGGACGACAGUCUGGGCCCUGCCGCAGGGGAACCAUCCCGGAGGCACCGGUCUCCUCCCAGCAGAAGUCCUGUCAGAGGGAUUUCUAUUGAAGUUUUAAAGAUGGAAUAACUCGCAGCCCACUGUUCGUUGUAGCAUUCCAUUUCCUUGAAAGUUUGAAUUAUCGGAAUUCUACAAUGCCUUUGACCAAGUCAGUAAUCUUUAGCGCAUCUCCGCCCUUCUCUUCCCUUUUCCUCACCCCUAGACCGCCUCCCCACUUCUCAUUUAGACCACUUUCCCCCUUCUCGUCCCCCUUUCUCCCCUAGACCACCUUAUCGCCUUCUUCUCCCCCUACCCCUAGACCGACUCCAAAAGCUGUCUUUCUUUUUCCCUGCUAUCAGAGGCCUCUGCUAUCGGAGGCCUCUACCGAAAACAUAUACUUUUGCACGCAAGCAUAUUUUUUUCUUUUUGACAUAUGCCAGGUGUAUGUAACGGUCGCACUGACGAUGACAGUGUCGUCUUACCAGCCACCCUCAUUAAGUGUUAAAUAACCUUUGCGCAACACGAUGACACACAAUUCAUCUACACAGACAGACCCGUGAGAAGUUUGUUUUUAUUCAGAGUCAAAACAUGUUUAUAUUGCAGCUAGCUUCGUCUCUGAUCGUUUCGCUAAUUCUUCCUGCUGCGGACUGUAAGUAACGCGCUUGUUGUGAUAUUUGGUAUCGUAGCUUUUUUGCGUAAGAGUCAAGUCUUUUGUUAUUUAGAAAUUCAAGUGACGAGUACAUUGAAUUUUUCCUAGGCGAUUAGAAUAGUAUUCUUAAUGGAAUUUGUGUUUGAGAAAUGGUCAAGUUGCAGAAAGUUAAUUAUGUUCGUGCUGUCUUGUCUGGGAGCGUUUUUCAGACUAUUCACGUCCUACAAAUAAGCUUAAAUAAGAGGUAGCAAGUGUACUGUUUUGAUGGCGAAAAUUCCUAUUCUACAUCGGGAAAAAAAAGGGUAGAAUACAUUACGUGAUGCCCAUAGGAAACCCCACCACUGGACUAGAGCCAUCCUGGCGUUGUUUUGAAUGUGUUCACCUUUGCCUUCCGAUGGCUACCAGUACCGUGACGAUAAUAUCUUUCGUCGUUAUUUCUGUCGUAUGAGGGUUCACUGUACUUGGUUUGUACAUAUUCUGAGGGCCUCAUGUCAUGUGUGUGUUGAGUACUUGCACUCUACUUGAUGAGAAUGAGGGUUUUAUUAAGGUAUUCGUCGACCUUUCAGCGGGAAUUCCUCCCCUUUUUGAGAGUCUUAACUACGACAUGCUUUUGACAACUUUAUAUCUGCGCGCCAAGCUACGUGCGUCACAGAUCACGUGACUUUUUUGAUGCGUCACUUGUUUUGUUGUGUGUGGCGACUUGCACUAACAGAUCACGUGACUUUUUGGGUGCGUCACUUGUUUUGUUGUGUGUGGCGACUUGCACUAACAGAUCACGUGACGUUUUGGGUGCGUCACUUGUUUUGUUGUGUGUGGCGACUUGCACUAACAGAUCACGUGACUUUUUGGGUGCGUCACUUGUUUUGUUGUGUGUGGCGACUUGCACUAGCAGGUCACGUGACUUUUUGGGUGCGUCACUUGUUUUUUUGUGUGUGGGGCUUGCACUAACAGAUCACGUGACUUUUUGGGUGGCGGGCGCACUGGCUUUCAGCGGCAAAAAAAAAUCAACUUAUCGAGUGCUUAAAAAUUAGGCAGAAAGUUUCCUUGU